AUGCAUGAUGAAAAAGGACCCUGCAAAACCGACUGUCCUCUGAAACGCUGCACAGACGGCAACAGCAAGACUGACUUAGGAGUUUGGAGUCGAUGGAGGCGACGAGCCAAAGUGAGCCCGGAGAAAAGGGACAUCUCCGAGGCCAGAAAGGCUGUGGGGAUAUCAUUCGUGGAGCACCACCUGACAAUCGAACAACUGAAAGAUCUCUAUCCGGAUUCAUAUAUUCAUCACGAAUUCCCUGAACGUAGUGAUGGCUUACACAGUGAGGAAGCCAGGAAACGUUUGCGAGAUGGUGGUGGAAACGUAUUGCCUCCACCUAAGGAGGAACAUCUCUUUCGGGUUUUUAUCAGACAGUUUCAUUUCAAAUUCUGGCUAUUAUUAACGGGUGCGGCGUUUCUCUCCAUAGCCGCAUAUUUCGCGCACUAUGCGCAGGGCUUCAACGAGCCGCUCAAUCUCUAUUGUGCCUUCAUUUUAUUACUUGUUGUGCUAGUAAUGAGCCUUCUUUCUCUAUGGCAGGAAAGCAAAGCUCGUAAGGUUUUAAAAGGCUUCACGAAACUUCUACCAUCAAAAGCAAUUGUUAUUAGAGAUUGCGAAGAAAAGGAAAUUAACACCGAGGACAUCGUUGUGGGCGAUCUGGUGGUUAUCAGAUCAGGUUCUCGUAUACCAGCUGAUAUCCGAAUACUUCAGACGAACUGCCUCACGAUUGAGGUGUCCGAAGUAACUGGUCGGAAGACGCCUGUGGAGUGCACAGUGGAGGCUGCAGCUCCGUACGUGUCGGUGUUCGAUUCCCGAAAUGUUGCCUUCAAAGGGUCAUACUGUACAGAAGGUGAUGGCCUCGGAAUAGUCAUUCGAACUGGAAAGUUCACAGUGCUCGGUGGAAUUGCAAAUCUUGACACGCAAAUCCCGCCCACCAAGAGUAAGCUGCAGGCGGAGCUGCGCACAUUUGCACAAUUCAUCUCAGUACUAGCCAUCUGUAUGUCUGUGGGUAUGUUCCUCAUCGGCUGCAUCGUCGCCAAGUUCGAGAACGUUCUGGACCAUUUCGUUGUUGGAUUUCUCGUUGUCAUUGUGGCCAAUAUUCCACAAGGUCUUCCGGCUACUGUAAUGUCACAACUGAGAAUCAUUGCACGACGAAUGGCACAAAAGAAUAUUUACAUCAAGAAACUUGAUCUCAUUGGUUUGUGGUCAUUUCAAACUUCUUUUUUAAAAUCACAGAAUAGAGGGUUAUGCGUUUCACAGCUUCACGCUUACCUACUGUUAGAGAGACUUGUCUGA